GCACAACCAACCACCGAUCUCACUGCGAAACCUUAGAGCGAAAUUAUAAGUACUUCUAGCGAGAGUAUUUACUGGGGGCCACAACCAUUCGCAGAACAAUGUCGACGACACUUGAAGACAUGUUCAACGCAGCCGACAUUGCGACACCAGGGUACUAUGGGCCCUCCGAAACGGCCUUGCUUCUCCUGGACUUUCAUACCAUGUUUGUCAAACAGGCUGGCGGAGAGAAAGCCCCUGCGGCUCUCGAGGUCGCGGCAAAUCUCAGGACUUGGGCGCAAACGCAGGGCAUCCAGGUCAUCCAUGCCUUGAUCGACAUCAACAUGACACCAUUUCCGACCUGCAAGAACUCCGAAAGGUUCACAAGUAUCGGCGCAGCGAUGAAAUCAACCGGCACCGAUGUAGAGCCUCACGAGCUGCUAUCAAAGAGUGGUAGCGGUGUGGACGACGUCACGUUCACAAGGAGGCCAGGCUAUGUCUCGGCGCUUAAGUCGCCGGGUUUGGACGAUUUCUUGCAGAAAAAGGGUAUCAAGUCGCUCGUCCUCACUGGGUUGAGCACGUCCGGGUGUGUGGCGAGGACCACGUUUGCGGCCACCGACGCGGAGUACGUUGUUACCGUCAUCUCGGAUGGCUGCGCCGAACGGGAUGAGGAUGUGCAUGAUAUGAUGGUGCAGAGGCUCUUCAACAGUCGCGCCUACGUUGCCACGGCUGCAGACUUCCAGAAAGGUUUUACAAAGGCCAGGAGUGAGAUGUGA